AUGAUGGUCUCAACUACACUCUCAGUCCUCCUCGGGGUCCUCUCAAUCGGGGCCCAGGCGACCACGACCCUAGCGCAAUGCAACGCAGACAACUGCUACCGCGCCCUCUUCCCAUGCCCCUCCCCAUCCGCAGUCUCCUCCGCCUCCGCCUUCUGCGCAACCCUCAGAGCAGGCGGCACAACGGCUACAAACUUCCCCACCCGCGCAACCUCCGCCUGCGGCACCUCCGCAUCCCGCUACAUCUCCGCCUGUGCCUGCGGCCCCACCUGCACCCCCACCCCGACUCCCCCGUGCGGCGCCCCCUCCGGCUCCAGCGGCAACCUCCUCACCAACAGCGACUUCGAAUGCGGCAUCGCCCCCUGGAUCGUCCAAAUCCUAGACCGGAAUGCCCGCGUCGGCGUCACCUCGGCGGCAUCGCACACCGGCACGCACGCCUUCGAGUCUCGGCUCCUGUAUGAUCGCAACUCGCAGGAUCCCGUCGUCAGCGUACGACUGUCGACGUCUGUGUUUUCCGUGCAGCCGGGUGUGCCGUAUAAGCUCAAGUUCUGGUCGUAUUUUGAUAACCAUGCGGCGGGGUUUAUCGGGAUCCAGUUUAAUGGUGAGCCGAAGAGGACGCUGGAUGCGGGUGAUUUGGGUGGGUGGGGGGUGUGGAAGGUGUUUGAGGUGGAGUAUACGCCUGUGACGGAUAAGCUUGAUAUCACGCUCGAGUUUCUGUAUGGACGGGUUGCGAGUGUUGUUCGUGUUGAUGGGGUUGAGUUUGGACCCCUUCACUGA